AUGGUCCGCCUGCAGGCACCCGUUGCACAAAGUACGAUUGGGGGCCUAAAUCCAGAUGCAAAAUAUUUCGGAGAUCAGCCCAUUCCCGGCGAGGGCAGAUGA